GUAUCGAGGGCAAAAGAACGUUGGGUUAUAGAGGAAUUUAACGAUGCGAGUUCUCUUACUCUACAUUUAUGUCCAUAGCAGUAGAGUCUUUCCAUUUUCUCCCCAAAGCAUUCCCACAGCAUUGAGCUUUCUUUUUACCCCCGAUAGCUUUUUCGCCCACAAAGCGCUUUACUCUAAGACUCACCAAUAUAGAAAAUUUUAUUUCUACGAUGAAAUAAAAGAAGCCUUUUGGUUGUAGGAGAAAGAGGUCCCCUCUCUCUUUAUGUGAGAGAAAAGUCUCUCAUUUUCAAUGAAAUCUACUUUUUCCUCUCAUCAAAACGAAGCUUUUCGUCGACAAGACAACGUAUAUUUCACGAAAUUGGCAGUGCUUUUUAUUUUAGACCAAACUCUUUAAUUCUUAAAUACAAGUUUUUGCGGGAAUCUGACUAGACUUGUAACACUCAUUAGAAUUUCUGCAGCCCCCUCUUGUUAAUUUCCGCUUCCGCUUUUCCUAAAAAAAUAUGUAAUUCAUACAUUAUUAAAUAAACCUUUUGUCUUUUUUAACCUCUUGUUUCUAAUUGUUCAGGAUUCCUUUAAUGAUUUGAGAUUUUUAGAGAAUCUGAGAAUCCUUAUUGAGUCCUUGUUGUCCUUUAUAGGGUGAUCUUUUGGGCUUACUCUCUUAAAUUCUACUGCCCUUUUAAACAUUUCCUACUUUCAGUCCUCACUGCCCAUAGCAUAGAAAAAGGAAUGCCAUAUAGUGUGAAAUAUAGGGAAAAUAUUAUUGAGGCAAACACUUGCUAUAGGGGAUUUUCGUCUUGGCAUAGACUGACUAAUGCUUGUGGCAUUGGCGAGAAAGAUAGUUAAUUUUUUAUUUUCAAGACAAGCUUGCGGUAAAAUUCAAGGCUUAGGAUCAAAAGUCUCGCACAUUUCUCUAUUUACAUUUUACUCUAGUAUACUUAAAUUUUUUCAUUUUCUGUUAGUUUUCCAAUUUUUAUUCUCUUAA